AUGUCAGAUUUGUUUGUUGAACAGAAUAUAAAUACUGAAAAAAUAGAAGAAGAAAAAGUUGAUUUUGAUGAAAAUAAAAUUAUUUAUAAGAUUAAAAAGAAGAUAAAAAAAAAAGGAAUAAGUAGAAUAAAUUAUUUACCUCUAAAAGAUGAAAAGUUACAUAAAACUCUUCCUAACACCAAAAAUAUAAAAAAUAAAAAAUUAAAGAACAAACUAAAGAAAGAUGUUAAGUUAGCCAUUAUAUCAUCUAAAAGAAUUUUAGCAAAUAGUAAAUUUAAACCUGUGGAAGAAGGAUAUAUUAAAUUUGAUUCUUGUGAAGAAAAAAAUGUAAUUAAAAAAAAAAAAACGAAUGUAAACAAGAAAGAAGAAGUAAAUAAGAAUAAAGAAGUAAAUAAGAAUAAAGAAGUAAAUAAGAAUAAAGAAGUAAAUGAGAAUAAAGAAGAUAAAGAAAAACAAAUAAAGAAUCCAGGAGUAGAAAUAUAUGAAGAAGAAAAUGGUGAUGAAAAAAAUUUAAGUAAAGCAAAAGUAAAUAAAAAUUCUAUGGAUUUUUUUGAAAAUAACGAAGAUUAUAUAAAUGAAAAAAAGGAAGUAGGAAAAUAUUUAAGUCAGAAUUAUAUUUAUAAUAAUGCAGAUAUAGGAACUCAAAAAAAAGUAUUUGAUUUAAGUUUGAAUCUAGGCCCAUAUAGUUGUAAUUAUUCAAGAAACGGAAAAUAUUUAUUAGCAACAGGAGAAAAAGGGCACAUAAGUUUAAUUGACACUCAGAAUCUUGAAUCUUUGUGUGAAUUUGAGGUGGAUGAAACCGUAAGAUGUAACACAAUUUUACAUAAUCAUAAGUUAUUUGCUGUAAGCCAAAAGAAGUAUAUAUAUAUUUACGAUAAUACAGGAAUAGAAAUAAAUUGCAUAAAAGAUAUAUUGUAUACUUAUAAAAUGGAAUUUUUACCAUAUCAUUUUUUAUUAGUAUCCAUAGGAGAAUUUGGUGAAUUAGUCUACCAAGAUAUAUCAGUUGGAAAUAUAGUUACAAGAAAAAAAACAAAAAGAGGAUCAUGUUCAAUUAUGAAACAAAAUAAAAGUGAUGCCAUCAUUUAUUUAGGACAUAAAAACGGUCAUGUUACUUUAUGGUCACCUAACGUAGAUAAAAGUGUUUGUGAUAUUUUUUGUCAUUAUACUCCUAUUUCUUCAAUAGGAGUUCACGAUAAUUAUUUAAUAACAGCAUCCAUUGAUUGUACGUAUAAAUUAUGGGAUAUGAGAAAAUUACAAUUUAUUAAAUCUUAUAGAUCUCAUAAUGUUAUUAAUAAUAUUGAAAUAAGUGAUACAUCAAUUGUUGGUUUUUCUAUGAAUAGUCAUUUUAGGACAUACAAAAAUUUUUUUACAUAUCCUGAAGUUUAUUUAACUCAUAAUACUUAUGGAGAUAAAAUUAAUUCUUUAUCAUUUCAACCUUUUGAAGAUAUUUGUUGUGCUGGUUUAAAAUAUUCUAUUAAAACUCUUUUAGUACCAGGAGCAGGACUAGCUAAUAUUGAUACAUUUGUUAACAAUCCUUAUGAAACUAAAAAACAAGUUAAAGAAAAUGAAAUUCGACUAUUACUGGAUAAACUGCCACCUGAUACCAUUAGAUUUAAGAAAAACGAAAUAGGAAAACUAAAUCCUUACAUUAAUGUUGAAGAUAAUAAAAUGUCUAAUUAUAAAAAUAAUUCUAAGAUUAGAAAUAUGAAUAACCAUCGUCAUUCAAAGAAAAAUAUUAAUGAAGCUGAUGUUUCCUAUAAUGAUCAAAAUGAAAAUUAUGAUUCAACAAAUGAUGAUUUUGCAAACGAAGAAAAAAAAAAUAAUAAUAAUAAAAUUGAUAUAAUGAGAAAAAAGAAAAAAAAAAAGAAAAAGAAAAAUAGUACUUUAAAUUCUAAUAUCCCAAAAUUUCAAAGAAAAAGCUUAAAGGAUAAAAUAAAAGAAAAGGAAAAAAGUUCAUAG